GCGCGAUGCCAUUGCGUCAUUAUUAUAAAAAGGGGGUUCUGGAUUCGGCGCGUGCUGCCUGAUGCACCAGAUUACUUUCAAAUUCAAAACUGCGGCAGAGAGACAGAAGUAUCGUUUUUGCACCACCGCUGACUGCCUACGACUGAUAAGGUAACAUCGGGAUGUCUUCCGGGAACGCUAAAAUCGGUAAACCGGCUCCUCACUUCGAAGCCACCGCCGUGGUGGACGGACAGUUUAAGGACAUCAAGCUUUCUGACUACCGAGGGAAGUACGUGGUCUUCUUCUUCUACCCUCUGGACUUCACCUUCGUCUGCCCCACCGAGAUCACCGCCUUCAGCGACCGCGUCUCCGACUUCAAGAAGAUCAACUGCGAGGUCAUCGCAGCCUCCACCGACUCGCAGUUCAGCCACCUGGCAUGGAUCAACACCCCUCGUAAGCAGGGGGGUCUGGGCUCCAUGAAGAUCCCCCUGCUGGCGGAUCUCUCCCAGUCGAUCUCCCGGGAUUACGGGGUUCUGAAAGAGGACGAGGGGAUCGCUUACAGAGGCCUCUUCGUGAUCGACGACAAGGGAAUCCUGCGCCAGAUCACUGUCAACGACCUGCCUGUGGGGCGCUCGGUGGACGAGACCCUGAGACUGGUGCAAGCCUUUCAAUUCUCAGACCAGCACGGAGAAGUUUGCCCAGCAGGCUGGAAGCCGGGCAGCGACACCAUCGUCCCCAACGUGGAGAAGAGCAAGGAAUAUUUCUCCAAGCAGAAGUGACGCGAGAGCGACAUCCGUCCUCUGUGGGGUAGCGAGCACUGAUCUGACAAGGGCGCCCCUUGUGUUCUAGCGAGGCACUGCACGCUGAGACCUCAGGGCUUCCCACUUUAUUUUAGUAUUUUUCUUGAUUUGUAAGAAUGAGACAAAGUGUUAAGUUUGUGCAAAAAAUAAAAGCUGACAUUUCAAAACUG